AUGGGCUCUGUUAGGCUGUGUUCUGUUUUAUUGCUCUUUAAUUUUUCUUGUUUGGAAAAUGUAAGGGGUCAAGGUGCAGUGAAUUGCUACAGUUUGCCAUGCAUUACGAAUGACGAAUGCGCAAAGUCGUAAGUAGUGUUACUAACAUGUGUUGAAAAAUUGGACAAGGUAACAGCCUCGGGUUUUCAGAGGGUGCGGAUGCCGUCAAGGCGAUUCCCUUGUUUGCGCACCGUUUCGGUACUGCACUUGCAUGGCAAAUUUAAACCUGCUCCCACCGCCACCACAACAGGCGCCACCUGCGUCUACAGCUGCUCCAGUCCCGACGGGAGCAGCGGUUGCGCAACCGCAACCCUCAGCGGGACCGGCUCCAUCUGGAGCGCCAGCGUCAGGGGCGCCACCCUCGUCUGGUACGUCUGCUAAUCCAUUAGCGAAUAGCAAUGUGCCGAAGCCGUCCGGUGCGCCUGCCUCGUCCGCCGCUCCCUCGCCUGUCUCCGGUGUACCACAAGCUUCAGUCGGAUCAGUUUCGACUGGUGCAUCGACGACUGGACCCUCUUUAUCGGGCUCCAAUCAAACACAACCCCCAGUGGGUUAA